AUGAAAAAACAUAUAUUUUAUUUAUUANCACUACAUCUCAGGUACUGGUUUCUGGCACUACAUCUCAGGUACUGGUUUCUGGCACUACAUCUCAGGUACUGGUUUCUGGCACUACAUCUCAGGUACUGGUUUCUGGCACUACAUCUCAGGUACUGGUUUCUGGCACUACAUCUCAGGUACUGGUUUCUGGCACUACAUCUCAGGUACUGGUUUCUGGCACUACAUCUCAGGUACUGGUUUCUGGCACUACAUCUCAGGUACUGGUUUCUGGCACUACAUCUCAGGUACUGGUUUCUGGCACUACAUCUCAGGUUUAGUGAACUCCGUCUGCACAACCUGGCCAACUAUGCAGGCCAGAGAGAGGAUGAGACGAGGAGGGUAAGUAGGAAACUACUAGCUGAGCUGGUCAGAUGGAACGGAGUUAUUACUCUAGUUGAAAUCUCCAGACCUGAUGAUGUUAAUAAAUAUUCGGCUCAGCACUGUGUCGAUAUGCUUAGAGAGGUUGAGGACUGGUUGGAGGAGGAUUUAACAAACCUGGAGGCAAUACUACUAGAACCAGGAGCUAGGGUUGGGUUCAACCUCAGAGAGGUUGUAACAUCUCUACUCCAGGAGCAGAAUAUAGCUAGGGGAGCAACACAGGCGCCUCAGCUAUUUAUUAGUUCUCACUAUAGUAAACAUUCAUCAGAUAUUUAGAGAAGAUUUAAUGCUAAAAUCUUAUGUGUUUUAAAAUCAUUUGAUAUGAUUUAUCUAUAAGCUUGAAAACUAAUUAGAAAUAAAACUUUUCAGUGAAAUCUUGA